AUGGUAAGAAGAAAUGCAUUUUAUUUACCAGCUUUAUUUUUAGGUGGAGCGUCUUUAAGCCAUUUUUAUGCAUCGAAAGAAUUAGAUGAAAUAGAAAAAGAAGUGAAAAAAUCCAUCUGGGGAUUUUCAACUGGUGUAGUAAUAGGGUUAGUAAUUGGAAUAUGUAUAGGAACAAAUUAUUAUUACAUUUUCAAUAAAAUAUUUUCAUUAUUUGAUUAUUUUAUGAAAGAUCCGGAAGAAGAAAAAGAUGAAUAA